UUCUAGAUUGUUUUAAUAUACUUUGGAUCUAUUAUGGCGUCACUUAGGCGAUCAUUCCUCACAAUUUUGUUGUUGAUGGUUUUUGGCGAAAAUAUUAUAACAUUCGUUGAAGGCGGGGGAGACGUAGAUGAAGGAGCAGAGGUGGAUAUACCGGCUCAUUCACAAAGAUCUUAUCAACUUUAUGGACUCGCAUGUUUUCCUGUUGGAUUGCGACUCGCUUGCAACUGCGAAGGCGAUUACUACUCUCCUUGCUGCAGAGACUUCGAAACAGGGGAUUGCUAUCUGCCAUCUUUCUUUAAAUGGUCACCUUGGCUUCUCUGUCCGGCCGGAAAUGAGCUUUGUGACGAAACACAGGAAUGUAGAAUCAAAUACGAAGAUGUUGCUCAGCUGGUUCGACCGGAUUCGGAGUCUGAGGAAGAAACCGGAGAGGUAACAGAACCGAUUCCGGUAGAUGAACGUAGACGAAGACGCGCCAUUACACCCGAAGAAAUGAUAGGAUUGCCUAAUCAUAACAAUGCAUGGAUUCCAGAGCAUCACAGAUGCCAAGUACAGAGAUCGGAAUGUCGCCCACGAGAGACGGGAGAGUGGGGUGCAUGGCAGGUGAUUGGCGAGUGUUCAACCUCAUGUCACGGGGGAGUCAUUUCUGAAGUUCGAGAUUGUUUCGAUCUAGAUGGGAACGAAAUUGAUAAAGAUGACUGCCCCGGUGGAGAAGAGCAGUCACAUAGAUUCGUACCUUGCAACACCGUACUAUGCAGCGAUGUUGGUGAAUGGGAGGACGAUGAAGCUUGCUUUGUGGACGGCGUUGAAUGUAAACUCAGACAGACAAGAACUUGUCUUUCUGUAGGAGACGGAGAUCCAGCACUAACCGAAGAGUGCGCUGAACAAACGAUUGACUGCCCAACAGAUGAAUGCGAUUUAUCUGGCGUUUCCGGGUUGAAAUGGGGGGAGUGGGGUGACUGUAACUCGACUUGCACGUCCGGUUGGCAUUCGAGAACCGCAACUUGUGUAUUUGCUAUUGAUGAUUCACCCUCAACGGACUGUGAUCCACUGACUGAUAUUGAGUUUGAAGAAUGUGACGAACAUAUUUGCCACCAAUAUCACGAAUUUGCUCCGGACGAAGAUUGCUCUGCUACAUGUGGAGAUGGAACUCAAAGAUACACUAGGACAUGCGUAGUUAAUUCUCUUGAAGUUCCAGAUGGAUGUGAUGAAGAAAUGCGGUCCUGCAACGAAGGGGCUUGUCCAAAUUAUCAAUAUGGGGAUUGGACUGAAUGGGGUCCCUGCGACAACACAUGCGGGCCGGGUAAAUGGACAAGAACUGGAACCUGUAAAGAUAUCACUACCGGCCAGUUAUCUGACCAAUGUAUUGAUGGUUCAACCACUACUGAAGAAGAAGAUUGUAAUUUGGAUUUGUGCGUAGAAUACAGUGCAUGGCAAGAUAACACGGCCUGUAGUCAGACUUGUGGCGACGGUGUCGUCGAUCAGAUACGACAUUGCGUCACAGCAGGAACCGAUCCAACUCCGAAUCUACCAACUGAAUGUAUUAGCCAGUCUAAUGUUCCUUGCAACGAUGGCCAAUGUUUAACUGUCGGAGAUUGGGGUGAAUAUGGUCUUUGCAGCAGUACUUGCUCACCAGGACUGAUGACGAGAGAGAGACCAUGUCUGGACGCGGAGACUAAUGAGCCUGCUACGGGAUGUACGGAACCUCUUACUGAAUCUCUAGACUGUAACGAAGAUUUGUGCAGUGAAUACGGACCAGCAAAUUCAAAUAAUCAAUGCCUUCUGUAUCCAGGAUACUGUCAAACCCCAUCUAUUGCUUCAAUUCAAUCGUGUACUGGUACUGGAACUGCUCUGGCCGAAUGUGCUACGACAUACGCUGACUGUACCUAUUCUGGUCCGGAAACCGACGCUAAUAUAUUAUUUAUCAUCGAUAACACGAACUCUCUGGAUCCAAACACUUGUUCGCCAGACGUCCCACUUCCUGCCGACGAUCCGACGUUGACUGACCCAGCCGUAUCGCCAAACUUUAUACAGCAGAAGAAAUUCAUAGAAGACUUUGCUUGUGCCUGGCCGUAUAUUUCAGGCACUAAGACUACAUUUGCUGUACAGGGACACAGAACUCCAGUCUGCGGCAUUCCAAGUGAUUACUUGCAUAUGACAUUCGCUGAAGGAAUUAGUGCAGAUGCUGUCGAAAGCGUAAUGUCUACAGUGGGUACUUCGUGUGCUUCUGCAAUGUCGUAUUUUACGGCAUUGGCAUGUGGCGCAACAACUCUAGGGACUGGUCGUGACGGAGUUCUUGAUAUCAUUAUUCUUGUUGUACCUGAAGUGACACCUCUUAUUGAAAACGAUAUAGGAACGAUGACCACCGAUUUGAUGGCAGGGAUUUUACGAGGGCGAAUAGGAGCUGACACAGUUGUAGCUGCGGUUUCGGUGACGAACACAAACUUAGAAAGUGUUUACAAACUCGCCUGUUUAUCAGCUUUUGCCGACAGUUCUUGCGUGAAUUAUCUUGGAACCAUUUACGACGCUAUCAAUGAUGUUGUGUCGAAAUUGCACACUGUAUUGUCGACCCCAUAAUGGAUAUUCAUGAGAUAACCGGAUUGGCUGUUAUAAUUAACGUUUAUGAGUGUUACUCAGUAUUCAAUAUAUGAUAUAAAACUAAGUAUACAGACACCUUGAUUUGCAAAUAAAGACUUCUUUAAGCACAAAUUGGAUGAAUACACAUAACAGGUAGAGUUGGACAUCUUCGAAUAGCUGAUGAUUUCAGAAUCAAAUCGAAUAUUUUUUCGAAUCGAAUCUCAAAUACUUGGGAGAUAUAAAAAUGUAACCUAUGUAACUUUCUUCUUGUAUUAGGUCCUCCAGACACAUAAAUUACUGAAAACAUUG